AUGACAUUAACAAACUGUGCUGGCUGUGGGGAGCCGAUAUUAGAUCAAUAUUUAUUUCAAGUACUAGAUCGUGUUUGGCAUUCACAUUGUAUCAAAUGUAUAGAUUGUUAUGCACAUUUAAUAGAAAAAUGUUUUUCAAGAGAUGGAAAAUUAUUUUGUCGAACAGAUUUUUUCAGGAGGUACGGUCAAAAAUGUUCAGGAUGUCAACAAGGAAUUGCACCCGAUGAUUUAGUACGAAAAGCACGAGAAAAUGUUUAUCAUAUAGAUUGUUUUAAAUGUUGUUCAUGUUUAAAAAAAAUGUCAACUGGUGAAGAAUUAUAUAUGACACAUGACAAUCGAUUUCUGUGCAAAGAUGAUUUUAUAAGAAAAACAACAAAAGAUUUUACUAUUGGAAUAUGCAAAAAUGAUUUCGAUGAUGAUGGAAAAUCUUCAAUUGAAAAUGUUCCAAAUAAUCGACAUUUAUCACGUAACACUCAGCAUCGUUUAUCAAAUGAGUUAAAAUGUGAAAGAGACAAUGAUUUAUCUACAACAACGACUACGACUAUAUCCUCUCAUGAUUAUGAUAAAGAAAAUAAUUUAAAUGAGAUAAAUGGUCAUCAUCAUUGUUUAUCUCAACCAUCAACAUUAACGAAUACGGACAGUAAUUUAAGUUCAUCCGAUUUAAAAGAUGAAAACAUGGAUAUGGACGAUUUGGAUAGUGGCUCUGAAAAUGGAAAUGUAAAUGACUGUGGUUUGAACGGAUCAUCAAGUGGAUGUUCAUCAUCACAUAGUCAUAAGAAAAAUGGAGCUAUAGAUCAAGAUGGUAGUGGUGGCUCCUCGAAUAGUACUAAUAGUGGACCAAAAAAACGUGGACCAAGAACAACAAUCAAAACAAAACAAUUAGAAAUGUUAAAAUCAGCAUUUGCCACAACACCAAAACCCACCAGACAUAUUCGAGAAGAAUUAGCAAGAGAUACGGGAUUGGCUAUGCGUGUCAUUCAGGUGUGGUUUCAAAAUCGUCGUUCAAAAGAAAGACGAAUUAAACAAUCGACAUACAAUAAUGGUGGUAGAAGACAUUAUUUACGUCGAAUUCCAGGUGAUCAUCGACGACCAUUUGAUGAAAGUGAAAUUUUAGGUCAUCAUGGAUUAGGUUAUAUAACAGACCAAUUCCAAUGCGAGUUUCCUUAUCAACAACCAUCGUUUAACGAGUUUAUGAUGCAUCAACGAUUAGGCUAUGGUGCUCCAUUAGAACAUAUGGGAAAUAUAUCAAAUGAAAUACCAUUUGGUAAUGAAAAUACGCCUAAUGGACCCCCAGUAGUUCCCGAUUCUGACGAACUUCCCCAGCAAUUUAAUGGUGGGCAACCUAAUGGACAAUUUUCUGCACUACAUGAUUCUUCAUGGGGAUGA